AUGCCAACUCUGGUGGAUAAGGUAUUGGGCCCAUGGCGGUUCCCCCCGCCACGAUGUCGAGGUCCGCAAGAAAUGAGGCUCGGAAUCAUCAUUGAGAAAACGGGUGAAGACAACCUUCACUCGAUGAAAACCCGAGUCAUGAAGUUGUUUUCGAGGGACGUGAGACGGGAAUGUAAGUAGCCAAUAGAAAAAUUUAAAAGAAAAAAAUCAUUAAAAUUUUUUAUUGCGCGCUCUUUUCUGAAAACUUUUCAUGAAAUCAUCUCACAGUGAAUGGCUUGGCCAGCUCUGAAUGGCUUGGCCAGCUCUCUAGUUCGAUAAAAAAUGUUCUUUGAAAUGAAUAGAGGCCCGCUUGAUAGAAGAGCUUUCUGGAAAAUUUUAUUUGUACUAAAAUUAUUUCCUUUUUUAAAGAAAGUUUAUUACUCGUGAUCUCAAGAUCCAGCUCAACCUCCAGCACAAAAAUGAGUCCAAUCUGUUUUUUGAAAUUGAAGCUCCCAUAAUUUUCGUCACAUAAUUCUUAAGCAGUUUUCGAGGUUUACAGCGUAGUUAACUACAUUCAUUGAGCUUUUUUCAUUCAGAAGUAUUACUUCCAGCUUGAAAUACAGAAAUUAAAAAGUUGAAUUCAGUACAUUCGAAAUAAAAGGUCGGUUUCAUUUUAUUAAACAAGAUUUUUUAAGCUGGUGUGAUCGUUUGUUCGAAGGAAUGGUUCGAGUUCGAAGUCGGCGACUGGGUGACAUUCGUCGCUGAGAACAAAGUCGAUGGCGACGAAAAAGAAGUCCUUCAAGUUUGAUUGUCUGUUUUUUUUUUGAUUUUGUUUUUUUUUUCAGUGUCAAAGAGUAACGAAUCCUCGUCCCACGUACUUCUCUCGGUUUGGAGUAUUACAAGUUUGUUUUCACGAUUGUGAUUUAUGAGAUUAUCAUUGAAAUAGUUAUAGCUGAUUAGUGCCUGAUUGGGGGAGGGCAUAGUAAGGAAAGCCUUCUGCGCCUCAAGACAUUGAAUCGGCUAUAAGAGCUAAAUAUGUAAAUUUCUGACUCACUAAAAAGCAGGACAGUGUUUGAGAAUUUCAUGAACACUGUAAAAAAGCUUCCUCAAAGAAAAUUAAAAGCGAUUUUAUGGAAUAUUUGCUAGAUCGAAGUCCAUAUCAUGCUCAUGCCACGGUUCAUCACCAGUAUUUCACGUUUGGUCGACAGAAAAAUUUACUACAAAGUCCAUAUUUUUCCUCUGGGACCUGGAUUUGUAAGUUUCUGAAAAUUCGAUCUAGUAAUAAUUUUAUUCAGAUCACCUACGAUGAAGGAAACAAAGGAAACAGACUUAUUGAAAAUCACGUGUACACGGCUGUCGUUGAACUGGCGACGUCUCCCAUCAACUUUUGUCCCCACGAAGUUAUAUUUUUAUGAAUCCGUGCUAUAGCUGACGGCACACUUGAGCCAUCGAAAAAUGGGUUUUGACACGAUGAAAAAAAAGAGAUAAUGUCUAGUUAAUAGAGAGCGUAGAUAGGCCUUUUUGUACUACUUUCUCAUGUGUCGAAAAUUGCAAAAAAAAAAAGGAAAGUCUGAAGUUUUUGAAAGUUGGAUUUUCCAGGGAAUGGGACCACUUGGCUGGCCUUUGGAGCGCGACGCUCUUUGGGAGGUUUUUUCUUUCAAUUCUCAUAACUUUCUCAAAUAUGCUGUGUUUUUGAAAGCUCUGAAAACGACUUCUCUUCUUGAUAUUUGUGAAAAAAAAAAUUAGCCCACGAUCCCACGAGGCAAAAACUCAGCGAGUAUUUCUAAAAAAAAAAUUAUUUACAUUUUUCAAGGUGGUAAAAAAAUCCGUGGAGAUGGAGUCCCGCUUUUUCAAUUGUUCUGAAACUUUCCGCUCCGAGGUUAAGUCAAUUCAAAAAAAUAAAAAAUAAAAAUAAAAGGUUUUCAGAUCGAAGAUCUGAAAAUUUGGGCCCAGGAAAAUGCGCACAUCGAGAAGGUCAUUACUGACGAAGAUCAACUCAAGAAGCUGACAAGUAAAGUCAGAUUUACUGGUGUUCUUGAAAGAAAAAAAAAAUAAAUAACUAUAUCGGAAAGUUUUAAUAAAAAGAAUAGCAGCAGAUUUAAUUUUUGAUAGGCGUGAUUUUUGAACGAAAAAGAGAGUUUCUCCCUUUCCAGAACAGAAGAGGAUUCGACGGAUUCUAUCUGAAUGCCGGGGCGAAACCGUCGGCCGUGGGAUUCGGAGGAAUGAAAGUUUGUCUGGAAAAAAGGCAUAGGUUGGAAAAAUGAUAAUUUGCAGCUGCCUGGCAUCGACAGUCUCGAUAAGAUCAGCAAACGUAGUCGUGUAGGUUUUUAUUUUGUUUAGUAGUUCAUGUUUUUUUUUUUGCGAAAAGAAGUUAUUCCUCGGGGGGAUUUUAUGAAGAAAAAAAAAAUUAGUAAUGACGAUAUUUUGCGGUUACAAUAUCUGGAUAUGGUAUUUUUAAGGCGCAGGGCACUUGAUAACAUUUCAAUUCGCUUUCAGGCUCUUUCCUGCUCCUUUGACUGUCUUUUUAUAGUUGUCAGGUCGUUGGCACUUAACUCAUGAUUUUUCUGGUUUUCAUCUAAAUUUCAUGUAGAUUUUCAAAGUUUCAUCCAAAUUUUAUCCAAUUACUUUUUUGUUUUUUUCACCUUUUUUUUGAAAUAAGUAAAUGGAUUUCGUGAAUUUGAGGACAUCACCAACGACACGAUUUUCUCCGCCGUCACUCACGAUGAGUACAACGAUUCCAUCAGUCAUUUCAAACAACAAAAUCGAAAUAAUGACUUGAAUGCUCUGCAGAACCAAAGGCAUUUCUAUUCUAAGGUUUCAUUUCCGACUUUUUCUAUCGAUUUGAAAAUUCGAAAUUUUUUUUACCUUUUUAAUAGCAUAUUUUCCCAUCUUUCAGUGCGACUUUGAAGCUUCUUCUACCGAACAUUUGAACGGUUUGAAAAAUUGUUGAGUUUUAAUGAAAAGGAAAGUUUCAAGGUGGGCCCACGAGAUUUGCAACUUCGUCAAAUAGUGGCUUCUCUCAACCACGUAAAAUUUAUUUUUUUAAAUGUUUCAACUUGAAAAAAAGGAUGGUAGCAUGAGGAAUGGCUCGAAGUACUAAGGCUGCAAAACGGGUACUAUGUACCCGACUCGAAAACGGUUUGCGCGCGCUGACUGCAUAACCUUGAAUUGAAACUAGUUGAGAUAUUCUACAUGCGACCAUAAGAUUUCAAGUCCUGGUGAAUGUUCGUGAAAUCUGACCGUCUGCGCUCUUUUUUCCCUGGUUUUCAAGGUCAUAAAAAAAGGAAAAUAGCCCGUGAACGAGAGCGAACAGAAAUCGGAUUGUUUCCAGUUGUGAAGUACAUUUAAUGGGCUCGUUUUCCAGAAGUUUCAGCUACUCAACCCGUUCAAGCCGUCCGGCCGUUACAACUUGAUACCACUAACUCUGUAAGAUCUCUGCACAAUAAACGGACAUUAUUUUCUUGAUUUCCAGCCGAACAGAGAAGGUGUUGUUCCACGAUUUACUAAUGGAAAUGGAUUUGGAAGCCCUAACCUCAACACCGCUUUUCAAACGUUUCCAUCGGUGAUUUUAUGUUAAGAAAUUAGGAAAUUAAAAUAGAAUCACAGCGCAAAGUAAUGUUUGGGUGAGCUUAUCAGAAAGAGUUUGAAAAAAAUUGAAUACCGAAAACUUUUCCUCUUUGAUUUGAGGUUCAAGGAACAAUCUCUUUCUUUUUGACAUCUCUUCCCAGUUUCGACUUAUUUUUUAUAUGCUGAAGAGAAGUUCGAUAAGCUGAAAUAUAUAUUUGACUUUUUUUGAUUUUAAUUAAUUGUCAUUUUGAUCUUUUUCUUCACUAUUGGACGAAUCUUGCGCUGUUCAGAAGAACCCUCAGCCGGAGAAUAACAAUCGCUCAAAUGGACGGGUAAUAAGUACGGAAGAAUGGAAAAAGACUAUUGGAGAAAUUAUUUCUGUUGGUUUUUUUUUUCAAUGGAGUGACUACCGAAAAUUGGAUAUUUUUUCAAAAUUUUUCAGACUGAACAGGAAGGCAGGCAAUUAGGCGGAACUUCUCGACCUGAUCAAUACCUAAAAGUUAUUUUUUCUUCAAUAUUUUUCAGAGUCUUAUUUUUUUUUCAAACUUAGUAGGCAUACAUUUAUAUGGCGUGUUCUUUUCUUGUUUCAAACACUUCUGUUCUAUUUUUAGAGACGUGAUAGCUCACUCAAGGAAGUGUUCGAAGCACGAAAUGCGCGACGCAGCAACUACUACCGGGACAAACUCAGACGUGUCCAGGACGAUAAUUCUGCUCGGGUUCAAUUUUUUUUUUAAUCUGAAUCUUACAAAAUUUGAAUGUAUUUCAAGUUACAGAUUACACUUUUUCUUCCUUCUAUUGAAAAGUUUUGGAACCAUAUAUAUAAUUCCCUAAUUUUAGAAGGCUUUAUUUGGAGAAAUUAAUUUUUUUGUCUAAAUGCUUGAAAGUAUCAUAUUAUCAUUUUUUUUUUCCUAUCAGAGUUUGGGCAUUCUCAAAUCCAGAGAUUCACUUUUUUCUGAAUUUAAUGAGAGGUUUAGCUUGUUUUUUGAUGAAGUUUUGUUAGACUUGGAGAGUUUUGAAACGCUUGCAAACCGUUACGCGUCGAAUAUCAUACCAUUAAGAACCAAAGUUUCAAGAGAAGAAUUUGAAAAAGUUUCCAGGAAGGAGUUGAAAUCAAAAUUUUUUAAUUUUCCUGUUUGCUUAAUGAAAAAAUUUUAAAAGGAAAGGUUUAAUUCAAAAACAAGAAAAAUCCCCUUCAAAUUAUUUUUUUGACGUCCUUAAUCUUUGUCCUGCGGAACACGUAGGGUGUGUUAACCCGAACUUCGUGUUCCUUUCCAAGAGAGGAAAUAUUCACGAUCUGAACUUAUUGGAAAACGAAUGUCUCACCUUGAAUAUUUAAAGGAAAGAUCGCGACGCGCAAAGGAGCAUAAUUUGUCAAGGGUUGAAUGUUUUCUAAAUUCAAUUAUGUCAGAAAAUGACUUCGAGGCUGGGGAAUUUCCUGAAAAUUGGCCAGUAAAGUUUCUGAAGAGCUUUUUUUGAGAAGAAGAGAUUAAAAUUUUUCGUAGAAAUUCAUAGUCCAGCUUUUGAUAGUUUAUUUUUGAUUUUUUAUUGAAUCGUUCUUGAAAAAAGUGCAGGUUUGGCUUUCAAAACUUUAGCUCAGUUCAUAAGGGAGUAUAGUCCGUUUUUCGUAACUUGAAAGUGCGAGACAUCUCUGCGGCCCUCUCAACUUUUUCGGGCUUUUUCAUACUUCUCUGACCUUGCCGGUGAGGGAACAGAGAGACGUAGACGCUCAAAAACUUUCGAGUUGCAGCGGACAAGCUAUUCUGGCCGGUUUUGAGGACUUCUUUGUAAUUUCUUCAAACCGAAGCUUUCGUUUGUGAAUUUUUUUUUUCCAGUUGCGAGGCAGUGUAAACUAUCGGCUCCAAGAGUAUAUCGCAACGACCGGAUCUCGAUCUCGGGAAAGCGAAAUCUCCCUCCAGAACAGUUCCUCGCGAAUCUUCGAUCUAUCUGAUUUGCAGGUGAUUUUCAUAAAAAAAAAAGAAGUUAUUCCUAAUUUAUAAAUUUUUCUGAGCUUAUAUUGUGGUCACAACAACCACACAAGGUCUUGAAAAAAUUACAUAAACAUGUUGAAAGGCUCCGCCCCUUUUUAAAGUAGCGAAAAUACCAAAAAUUUCUAACUUUUUUCUCUUUGGUUCGAAUGAAACCUUUUCCAAACGAAAGCCAGUAACAAAUUGAACAAUUUUGUGUACAAAUUUUUUUUCAGACUGAUUUAUUUUUUUCAUGCCGAAAAAAAGUUGAUUUUCAAUGGUAAUUGUGCAUUUUUUCGACAGAAAGGACCGACUUAACAAUGAAAAUUUUGUCUAUCGUCAACCCUCUCGGAGAAUGUGUGUUGAAAAUUCUUUUUUGUAGAACGAUUUGCCGCGUCCAGAAGAAAAUAGGAAUGAAGAAAGAAGACGUGACGUUUCAAUGCCGCCAGUUGCCAGGACGUCGACUCCUAUGUUUGAAGAAGAUGAUGAUGUUCCUUUUUUCGCUCUCAGAACUUGUAGAAGAUUUCAAAAUAAUUUACUUAUUUUAAUAAUUCUCGAUACCAUGGGUGAUAGUUCGCUACAAGUCGGAUGCGUAUAUUUGAAUUUAUAUUUUCUUUAAGUGGCCACUUGAACAUUUCUCAUCUAAUGGAAGUGGUCACUGAAUGGUAUUCGACAGCUUUUGAUCGAGAACUCGUGCCGUGUUUCUGUGUAGUUGAUUUCAACACUGAAUUUUCAAAAAAGCCAAUUUUUAGAAGUAUCUAAGAAAAGGCCAAUUUAUUUCUAAAAAACAUCAGCGUUUGAUUUUUCAGAGCCGAGAAUCCGACGACAUGGUUAGAGUAACGCGACAUGAAGUAAUUGAGCCCUUGAACGUUGAAUUUUGAAUUUCUAAAUUUCAGGCCAGAACAGAAUCGACCUCCUUCCGGGCCAUCCACAGGACCCGGAGCCUUUCUCGUCCCGUAAUUCUAAUUUUCCAAGUUUUUCAUUGACUUUGAAAAUAUUUUCAGCCCGAAAUAGAAUUUCAGUUCGGUGGAAGGGUUCAGGAGGAGGUUUUGUUUCACAAUGUUUUCUCCCGGAAGUUUGAGAUUUUUUGAAGGGAUUUCCGAGGUGUUUCGUCGAGUCGACGCAAAAUAUGCACUUUCCAGCGGCUGAUCAGGUACAUUCAGGAUUUCCCAACAUCUUAAUCUUUUAAAAUAAAGUGAAUGGCUUUAAAGAGGUUGCAAAAAAGAAAGUAGGGUUUUUGUUGAUUUUGAAAAAAGGAGAAAAAAAUGUUGGAUUAUGCCAUAAAAACUUUUUUCAAAAGAAUAGUGUUGAAGAGAAAGCAGCCGAAUUUUUAGGAUGAUUUUUUGAAGAGAAAUGUUUUUUGAAGGAUCCGCAGAGAUGUUUUUUCAACAACCUAGGAUGGAAAAUGGACCUCAGAAUUUUCCGACGGCUGAACAAUUAUAAUAAAUCAACAACGAUAAAUUGCAAAGAAAUUUCAGCACAAUAUUUUCACUUUGCCGCCUCAACAGUUCGUCCAACAGCCACAGCAACAAUUUUAUCAAAACCCGCACGGUCAUCUGGUGACUCCUGGGAAUCAAACUAAUGUUGGAAACAUUUGGAUGUGUGUGUACUUGAUCUUUUUUUGAAUCUUAGGCUCACUAUUUUGUCCUUCCGGCACAACAACAACAGAUGCCGUUCGGACAAGUUCCUGUUGGUUUUUUCUCAGAAUUUCGAAUGAAAGUCGAAAUCAACUUCAAAAAAAAAAAUUCAAAAUCACGUGACAAAAAGACCAAAAACUACUUUUCUUUAAGAUUCUUAAUUCUCUCCGCUCAUCUCAUCUCUAAGUUUAAAACAAAAUGGUUCCUCAUAUAUAAUUCAAGCUUGUUAUAGAAGCUUAGAAAUUACAAAAAAUUACUAGUUUUCGCAUAUACUUUAAAAUGAAAAUGACUCGAAAAGGCGCGUGAUAAAAGGUAGGUGUUGUUGUUUGGCCACUCUUCAGGCCGCAGUAGAUCUCUUGUUUCUUUCCCAUCCAAACAGAGAAAAAGUUCAACUUUUAAAUUUUCGAAAUUAGAAGCUACUGAGGAUCGGAAAAAACCGUCGAGAAAAGACGGUUUCAUUUUGUAAAAAAAUAAGAGUUAGAGUUUUCCAACAAUCAAUAAAACAGUACCAAAAUUUUAUCCGACAAUUUGAAUUUUCGCAUUAUCAAAUGUUCUUCAAAUGAUUAACCUUCUUAAGGUUUCUUUAAUAGUCUUAUUUCACUCCCAUUCUAAGAACCGAGCCAAAUGAUUUCUCAGCCAGCCUUUGCCCUUCCGCAGAACAUCCACCACCAAAACGGGGUAUUAAUUUCAGCUUUUCUUAAGUUAAAUUGCCGUGAUUUUUAUAUUAACAGGAUAAGGCUAUCAAACUGGUCACAAUAUGGAUAUUUAGAUCUUUAUAGUACUCACUAGCUGUAAUAGUGGUAAGCGAAGUCUCAAACCCGACAAAAACCACUUUAGCUCCUUUGCCACUAGCACAAGGCUUUCAUGAGAAAAAUCGUGCGCUAAAAGAGGUUUAGUUUUGAUUUAUCUGUGAAUUCCGUUUGAAGCCAGACCAAGAUGGAGUUAAAAACUUUUUGCCAGAUUUCACUCACGACCUUUUCCAUUUCUAGCAACAAAUUGUUCAACACCCAUAUCUUCAGCCUCAAAUGCAGUUCCAAGCGCCGGUUGGAUACCAGCAAAACGUGGUGGCUUUCCAAACGCCGAAAAUGAAUAUAUUUGAAUAUCCUUCCAGCAGUACGCGAUGCCUUCAGCCAGCCAGCAAAUGAAUCAAAACAUGGCGUAUUAUGGGCAAAACUGUGGAGUUUCUGUGAGUUUUAGGGGCAGCGAAUGUGAAGUUCUUUUCCGAUUUUCAGGAAAAUGCGGCCAACACCUUCAACCCGCAGAUGGCCCCCAACCCUUUGCUCCGCUAUGAUAUCACGCGGCCAGUUCCAACUGAUCCGGUUCGUGUAAAAAAAUUACAUUCCAAAGUUUGAAAAAUAAACAAACUUUAACGGCUAGAAGAAAAAAAUGGGAUUUUUUUCAGUUUUUUUAGAGAUUUAAAAAAAUGGAGGUGAAGCUCUUAAAAAAAUUGAAGAAAGAGUGAGAUUCAAAACUUUGUCGUAAUCUCGAAAAAUCGUUCGAUUAGAUUAGAAGUUUUAAUUUUGGGCUCGGAAAUUGUUUUUCCGAAAAAACUACAGUGCUAAGAACACAAAAUGUCACGUUUUUCAAAUGUUUUUAGCCUUAUAAAUAUAUUUAUUUUAGAAGCUCCAGUUUUUCCUGUCAACGCAUCAAUAUCACAUGCAGUCUUAA